AAACAUAAUUGUAAACUCCGACUACGCUGCGCGCCACGUAAAACACGAGUCAUCAAGAGGUACACUCUUUCCUCGAUCGACGUAGUAUCUUUCUCCACUGCCACUACGCGUUUAACACGACAGGGAAGGACACACGAUCACUUAUCACAGCCACUGCCGCUGCUGCUCAUUGUCAGCGGCACAGUACACACAGGCACACAAUUAUGACUACACGUAGAGAGGAUACUACGAGAUUGCAAAGAAUUUCGUUUAGAAUGGAAGGCGCAUACACACUAGAAUCCCUAGAAACGAAGAAAGUGCCAAAUUUAACGAGCAAGUAGCGCCAUAACGAAUACAAAUCGAACGUCGAUGAAAUUUUUCGAGAUAAAUCGCUUUCCAGAAGAAUUGGAAAUUAAUCGUUUACGUUUUAAAAUAGUUUAGAUAAAAAUUUGGCAUUUUAAAUAAAAAAUUUACUACUUCCUGUCACAUUACAAAGGCUACUAGUCCUUCAAUAAUAAGAUCCAAUCAUAUGGAAGUACACUGGAAACUCAAUAUUGAAAAUUUAAAACACUCGCGCUAAAUAUGACGUUGAUCGAACUAAAAAUCAAUAUGGCUACGAACCGCUGAAUUUGAAUAUUUCUAGGAUUAAUACGAUAAAUAUUAUGAAGAAGAUAAAGAAGAAAAAGAAAAAGAAAGAAUAAUAAUUAUUCUCGAAAAUAUAAAACAUUAUAUUAUUGUACUCGUUAAUCGUUUUUCUAUUUAAUAGCGCCUGCUGAUAGAAGAUAUGUCUUAAAAGUUAUUUCAUAUCUAUUUUGUUGAUAUAAUUACACUUUAUAUAUUUAUAUUGGAACAAUGUCGUUUUAAAAAAAGUAUGUAUUACAAAGUACACGAUUUUUUAUACCUUUAUUUGGAGAAAAUAUUUGUCGACUCCAAGUAUAAAAUAGAUCUUCAAAGUAUGUUAAAAAUUGGCUAGAUUAUUCGAAAUUGUGAUGCUAUGUAAUAUGAUUCAAAAUUUCUAGAUUACAAUCACAACUAGAUCUAUAAAGACUCUAUGAAAUAACGGUUAUUUUAAGCAUAUUUACUGAAUAUAGUCGGACGCCUCAUUUGCGACGCCAUUCUACGCACUUUAUAGCCCUCUGCAUACAGUUAUUCGAUCCAACGGACUCCAUCUACCAUCUUUAACACUGUUUGGCGUGCUGCGUGACCGGUUCUAUUACUGUUUCAAAAGUUUAUGUUCAUAUUUAUGAAUUCUGUGCCUUUAUAUUUCACUACAACGCAAGCUUUAUCAUGAGUACAGAUAGCAUCGAAAAAUUGUAUAAAAACUUUGGCAUUUUAGCUGAUGCCAAAGAUAAGUUAGCCGAACAUGAAAAAGAAUACUUAGAAAUUUUGACCGCUGUCAAAGGAUCAUCCAAAGAGAAACGUUUAGCAUCUCAAUUUAUUGCAAGGUUUUUUAAAUAUUUUCCAAAAUUAGCCGAUCAAGCAAUAGAUGCUCAUUUAGACUUGUGCGAAGAUGAAGAUAUGGCAAUAAGAAAACAAGCUAUAAAAGAUUUACCUACUUUGUGUAAGGAUAACAAAGAAUAUACUGCAAAAAUUGCUGAUAUUUUAGCUCAAUUAUUACAAGCACAAGAUCCAUCUGAAUUAGCAGUUGUACAUAACAGUGUUAUGUCUCUUUUGAAAAGUGAUCCAAAAGGUACAAUAAGUGGAUUCUUUAGUCAAAUUAUUAAUGGAGAUGAUGGAACAAGAGAAAGGUGUAUUAAAUUUUUAGCUACAAAGUUGAGAGCAAUAGGCCAUGAUAUUAUUACUAAAGAACCAGAAGAUUUAUUAAUUGCAGAAUGCAAGAAAGUCCUACAAGAUGUAACAGCCGACGAGUUCCAUAGUAUCAUGGAAGUUCUUAGCUGGACUAGAUUAGGCUCUACUAUUACUGGUCAGCAAGAAUUAAUUGACAUCACGGUAGAACAAGCUGAACUUUCUGUGCCAUUUAAGCAUACAAAUAUUGAACAAUGGAGCCGACUGAUACAAUGUAUCAAACAUGCUCUUCCAUUCUUUAGUUCUCAGAUUGAUUCAUCAAGAUUUGUUUCAUACAUCUGUGUUCAAGUUUUACCACAUUUAUCAUUAAUUAAUGCAUCUGAUGGAAGGGAUAGUCAGUUGGAAUUGUUAAAACUUCUUGCAGAGUUAACUGUAUUUUGUGGAACAAUUGAAAAACCAGAAGAAAAAGUACAACAAUUAUAUAACACACUAAUUACGUAUAUGCCUCUUCCGCCAGCUACAGAGAUAACAGAUGUCCCAAAGUUACAAUUUAGUCAUGUGGAAUGUUUAAUGUAUGCUUUUCACAAACUAUGUAAGCAAACACCUGAAUUUUUGGUAAAAGAUCCAGAACAACUUAAAGAAUUCAGACUUAGGUUGCAAUAUUUUGCUCGGGGGAUUCAAGGGUAUAUAAAAAAAUUGCGUGAAGCAAUUAGUGGCAAGUCUGAAGAAGAAUUAAAUUCAGAAGAGAACCAAUUAAAAGUAGUAGCAUUGAAAACGACAAACAACAUCAAUACUUUAAUUAAAGAUCUAUUUCAUUCGCCACCCAGUUUUAAAAGCAUUAUACAUCUAUCUUGGAAAACAUCAAUGAAUGAUAAAAAGAGUGAAAAAAAUUCUUCAAGUCAAAAAAGACAUACUCCUAUUACAUUUGGAAAUGAUAGUAGUUCCAGUAAACGGAAUAAAGAUGAAAAAAGUAAUAAAAGAGAAAUAUAUACACCUCCAAGCGGGAAAUACAGUUCAAAUAUAUCCUCGAAUUAUGGAAGCCGUGGUAGAUUUAGAGGUAACAGGUCUGGUGGACGAGGUGGCUACAGGCCAAGAGGGCGUAGUACUUGGAGAAAAAGUUUUUACUAAAUAUCAGAUAGUAUGAAAAAGGGAGACAUUUAAAACCGUGUAAUCAUAGAGAGUGAUUCAGUCAGACCUGAAAAAUAUAUGUGUACAGAAAAGUAUCUAGAAGUGUAUUAUCAACAGAAUGUGGUGUUAACGAAUGUGACGGAACGAGUAAAACAUUCUGUGUUCCUUAAAUGUGUGAAGAGUGUUUAUGUGAAUGUCUCAAUUACAUAAAAACCUUAUGAAAACAGACAAGAGAACACAAAUGUUUUCAAAGUGCAGAACAAAAUAUGAAUACUAUUGGAAUGAUUAUUAAAAAACCAACAGAAAAACUUUAUUUGAUAUAAAAUAUGAUACCCACGAUAAUUAUACAUUCAUGAUUACUCUGCUAACACCAAACAAAAUACAAGUAAAUACUUCAAUUUGAUAACAUCUAUAUAUAAAUGAUAUAUAAUGGAAGCCAGUUUAAAUGUGUACAGUACAUGUACACAUAAAUAAUAUGGCUAUAAGAUGAAAUCAUAUAAAAGAAAUGAAAAACACGAAUAUGAUGGAGUUUAACUAAGAAGAAAGAUACUUCUGUUUCUUAGUGAAAUAAAAAAAUAAUGUCAAAGAUACAUUUUUCUAUUGAAAAUUAAAAUAACAUAAUUAUUAUAUAAAUGUGCUUGAUAACUAUUAUGCACAAGAAGAAUAAGUUCCACAAAAUUGUAAUAUUCUCAUCGAAUCAAGAAAGUCAUAGUGUUUGUGCAGUGUCAGCAGAUAUAUUAGAAGAAAGAGAAUAUUACUCUUUCUAAAAAAUAUGUAAUAUCAAAUUAUUAGCAGUCGUAACAUUUCUCUGUCUUAUCUUAAGUAAAUUUUGUAUCUUGUGCCCUACCCUGUGAAUUUAUUUGUUGGCAGGAAUAAGAUGCAGCUCAUGUUGAGGAAACAGCUGUUAAUGAGAGACAAAAAAAUAUUUAAAAAAAGAAAAAAAGGAAAAAAAAAAAAAUACAAAA